GAGAUAGAUUUAUGUGGGUAUCACUCACGCGUCGAGUUGGCGCAUGCUGCUUGCUGGCAUCGGCCAGCAUCGCUGCGUUGACUCAAGAAGUGUCAGCCAGUGAAAGCGCCAUAGUUAAGUUAGAAGACGCCAUCACCAGAACGCUAGAACGCAACCCGACGCUGGUGGCAUUUGGUUAUCAGAUCGAGGCACAACAAGGGCGAGUGACGCAAUCUCGGCUUCGCCCAAAUCCGGAGCUGGGGGUGACGAUCGAGAACGCCCUUGGUUCCGGUGAGUUCGAGGGCAUCGAUCGCGCUGAAACUACGCUCAGUCUAAGUUGGGUGUUGGAGCGCGGCAAACGCGAAAGGCGCGUGGCAGCGGCGAAUGCUGGUGUGUCAUUGCUCGAGUCAGAGGCAGAAGUUACGCGUCUUGAUGUGGCAGCUGAAACGGCAAGGCUGUACCUCGACAGUCUUGCAAAUCAAGAACGCUUAAAGCGCCUUCAAGAGGCUGUCACUCUUUCUGAGCAAACGGUAACCGCUGUUAAAGAGCGCGUGCAGGCAGGACGAACACCUGAUGCUGACUUGGCGCGGGCGGAGGCGUCUCUUGCAUAUGUUCGCCUUGAUUUAGAGGAUGUAGAACACGAGCUACUGACAUCAAAUUAUCGGCUCGCAGCGCAGUGGGGUGAGAGACAGCCUGACUUUAUUCAGGUUACAGGCAACAUCGAGUUGCUUCCAAAACCAGAGGAAUUCGAGCACCUACUCGCGCGCGUUGAUCAGAGCCCGAAUGUUUUUCGUUACCUAAGUCAACAACGACUACGGGAAGCGGAGUUGCGUUUGGCUCAAGCUGACGCCAAACCUAACUGGCGUGUCAACGCAGGAAUCCGUCGGAUAGAAGGGAUAGAUGAGCAGGCGUUUGUUGCUGGUAUCACGAUCCCUCUGGCGAUGCGCAAUCGCAACCAAGGUGGAAUUGCAGAGGCGCGCGCAAAGCUUCAAGGCGUCGAUGCUGAUCGCAUAGCGACACAACUACAAAUCGAAACUCAUUUGUUCGCACGUUAUCAAGAGCUACAACACAGCCUGCAUCAAACGAAGACUCUGCGCGACGAAGUCUUACCGCGUGUGGAGCAAGCCUUAGCUGAUACCCAGAGCGCUUAUGCCUCAGGCCGAUAUAGCUACUUAGAGCUCCAACUCGUCCAGGCCGAAGUAUUGAGCGCACGCAUGGCGUUGGUCGAAACAAGAAUCAUGGGUUGCAGCGGCGCAAGCUCCGAAAACGACGACUCCGCGAAGAAUGGCCACGGUGAGGUCGCUGAGAUCGAACCAGUCAAAGGCCCCAACAGGGGACGAUUGUUGAUCGGCGGUGACUUUGUUCUCGAACUCGCCAUAUUCGAAACGGGUGUACCGCCAGAAUUUCGUGUUUGGGUAACCAACGCAGGCGCAGCGGUUGCGCCCGAAGAUGUCAGUGUGCACGCGACGCUCACUCGCUUGGGGGAUGUCAAAGAUGAAAUCAGCUUUGAUGUACAGGAUGAUUUUCUGCGCGGCGAUACCGUCAUUUAUGAACCCCAUUCGUUUGUUGUGUCGAUUGAAGCCAAGCAUCGCGGCGCGACCCAUCGCUGGCGAUACGCCAAUUUUGAAGGGCGAACCCGGAUAGGUGCUGACGUUGCCGAGGCGUUCGGGUUGCAAACCGAUCUGGCAGGGUCAGCGACGAUUCACGAGACCAUUGCGGUAUACGGGCGCGUCGUACCGAAUACUGAAAAAGUGAGCUCUAUAACCGCCCGUUUCGAUGGUGUUGUUCGGUCUGUUGACGUGUCCAUUGGUGACACGGUACAGCGCGGACAAAAGCUGGCUACGAUCGAAAGCAAUGAAAGCCUCAAGCCCUACGGGAUUAGCGCACCGAUUGCCGGAAUCGUGACUGAGCGUAACGCGAAUCCAGGCGAGCAAACGGCGGCGCGGCAGCUAUUCAAGAUUGUGGAUAUCUCAACCGUCUGGGCUGAGUUAUCUGUGUUCCCAUCGGAUCGUCCUCGAGUCUCUACAGGAACCCCCGUGACCAUCAAUGCAGCGGACGGCGGCCUUGAGCGCUCAGGUGUCAUAAGCCAGCUCAAUCCUGUUGCCGAGGCAAACCAAUCUGUUCUUGCACGCGUCGUGUUGGAUAAUUCGGACGGUGCAUUGGUACCCGGUAUGUAUUUGACCGGCGAGAUUCAGGUCGCUGAACAUCCAGUGCCGCUUGCGGUGAAACGUACGGGUUUGCAGGCAUUCCGAGACUUUACUGUGGUUUAUGCCCAAAUAGGUGAUGAGUACGAAGUGCGUAUGCUCGAUCUCGGCCGACAGGAUGGUGAGUGGAUUGAAGUGCUCGGCGGCCUGGAACCUGGCACACGCUACGUCACCACGAACAGCUACCUCAUUAAAGCCGACAUUGAAAAGUCCGUCCUGCUUCUGAGUGGUCUGGGCUUUUGGAAUUUCACACGCCUGCCCAUUGAUGCGGUACCUGACAUCACCAACGUACAAGUUGUGGUGAACACCGAAGCACCGGGUUACACACCGCUUGAAGUGGAACAGCGGGUCACAUUUCCGCUGGAAAACGCGAUGGCGGGUAUUCCGCAGCUUGAUUACACGCGCUCGAUCUCUCGUUACAGCCUGUCGCAAAUCACGGUGGUUUUUGAAGAAGGUACUGAUAUCUACUUCGCUCGCCAGCAGGUGGCAGAGCGACUGAAUGCGGCGAAGGCCGAACUGCCAGGCUCACUUGAACCCGCCAUGGGGCCGAUCGCUACCGGUCUGGGUGAAAUCUUCAUGUUCACUGUCGAUGCCGAGCCGGGCGCACUGAACGAAGACGGCACAAAGGUCACGCCAACCGACUUGCGUUCGGUGCAUGAUUGGAUAAUUCGACCACAGCUCCUGCGCGUACCAGGCGUGGUUGAAAUCAAUCCUAUUGGCGGCUUUAAGAAACAAAUCCUGAUCGCCCCCGACCCUGCAAAAAUGUUGGCCUAUGGUCUGACCUUCGCAAACAUCGCGACGGCGUUAGAACGCAACAAUGCGAACCAAGGCGCAGGCUUCAUUGAGCACAACGGUGCGCAGUGGCUCAUGCGGAUGCCAGGACAAGCCACCGAAAUUCAAGAACUGGGAGCGAUUGUUGUUGAUGAAACAAAUGGUAUACCCAUUCGUGUGCGUGACGUAGCAAGUGUGGGUCUAGGUAAGGAGUUGCGCUCUGGCGCAGCUACGCAGGAUGGCCACGAAGUGGUCAUGAGCACAGUGUUCAUGCUGAUCGGGGAGAACAGCCGUGCAGUCGCCAAUGCCGUGGCCGAAAAGCUGGUCGAUGUUCAAAUGAGCCUGCCGCCAGGCAUCAGAGUUACAGCAGUUUACGACCGCACCGGCUUGGUCGAUAAAACGCUGGAUACGGUGAGAACCAAUCUCGUCGAAGGCGCUUUGCUAGUGAUCAUCGUCUUAUUUGUGUUUCUCGGAAACAUUCGCGCGGCACUACUUACCGCCGCCGUGAUUCCUAUCGCCAUGCUGAUGACCAUUACGGGGAUGGUGCAGACAAAGGUCAGUGCCAAUCUCAUGAGCUUAGGUGCGCUCGAUUUUGGAUUGAUUGUUGAUGGGGCGGUGAUCAUUGUUGAGAAUUGUAUGCGGCGGCUUAGCCAGGCGGGCAAAGCAACCCUAACGCUUUCUGAACGGCUUGCCGUAGUCUUCGAUGCGACGCGUGAAGUGAUUCGACCCGCUAUGUUCGGUGUUUUCAUCAUAACAGCGGUCUAUAUCCCGAUCUUUGCGCUCACCGGUAUUGAAGGCAAGAUGUUCCAUCCCAUGGCCAUCACGGUGGUAAUUGCGCUUGUCAGCGCAAUGAUUUUAUCGAUCACAUUUGUACCUGCGGGUGUGGCGUUACUGUUUAGAAAACCGAUCCCGGAGAAAGAAAAUGCCAUCGUUCGCGGUGCACGAUCCCUUUACCGACCAGCCCUAACAGCGGCACUCCGAUUUCGCUGGUUUGUCGUGAGUACGGCGGCAGUGUUUGUGGUUGUGUGUGGGUGGCUAACCACCCAGCUGGGCACUGAAUUUGUGCCGAAUCUGGAUGAGGGCGACAUUGCCAUGCAUGCCUUGCGUAUUCCAGGCACGUCGUUGGCACAAGCUGUGCGAAUGCAGGAAGAGUUGGAAACCGAGAUCAAGAAGCUUCCGGAGGUGGAGCGCGUGUUCGCCAAAAUCGGUACUGCGGAAGUUGCAACUGAUGCUGUUCCUCCGAGCGUGGCGGAUAAUUUUAUUAUCCUGAAACCGCGAGAUCAGUGGCCUGAUCCAAACAAGCCCAGAAUGCAGUUUGUUAGGGAACUAGAGCAACAGGUCACACCCAUCCCCGGCAAUCGCUAUGAAUUUUUGCAGCCCAUUCAAAUGCGUUUCAACGAACUCAUCGCGGGCGUCCGCGCUGAGCUAGCGAUCAAAGUGUUUGGCGAUGAUUUUGAGACGUUGAUUGCGCUUGGUGAUGCAAUCGAAACUAGCCUUAAUAGUGUCCCGGGGGCAGCCGAUAUUGCUGUUGAACAAACUGCAGGUUUACCAGUUCUAACAAUAGUACCGAACCGCGAAGCAAUCGCUCGUUACGGGCUCGCUAUUGCAGACUUGCAAGAGUUGGUGAGUACAGCGCUUGGUGGAAGCCUUGCCGGACAACUCUACGAAGGUGAUCAACGUGUUGAUAUCGUUGUGCGGCUACCAGAAGCAUUGCGUGCCAACCCUGAUGGCCUGUUGGAUCUUCCCGUACCAUUGAGGGGUGGGGACUUCGUCCCGCUCCGCGAACUUGCGCACACGGAACUGGUGAAUGGCUACAACCAGGUGACCCGUGAAAACGGCAAACGCCGCAUCGUUGUGACUGCGAAUGUGCGCGGUCGUGAUCUUGGCUCUUUUGUUUCCGAGGUUCAGCAAGCGGUUGCGCAACAGGUUGAACUCCCUGUCGGUUAUUGGAUUGAGUAUGGCGGCACCUAUCAAAAUCUACAGUCAGCAGCGACUCGUCUGAGCAUCGUUGUGCCUGUGACGUUGUUACUGAUCGUCGGCUUACUGGUGAUGGCACUUGGUUCAUUCCGAGACGCAGGCGUCAUUUUCUCCGGUGUGCCGUUGGCGCUAACCGGCGGGAUCAUCGCUUUGUUGAUUAGAGAUAUCCCGUUUUCGAUUUCUGCAGCGGUAGGGUUUAUUGCGCUUUCGGGGAUUGCUGUAUUGAAUGGGUUGGUGAUGGUCUCCUUCAUUCGCGAUCUACAGACCCAAGGCCUAACGCUUGACGAUAGCAUCGUGGAAGGGGCAUUGACCCGACUUCGGCCGGUGUUGAUGACUGCACUUGUUGCGGCACUUGGCUUUGUACCCAUGGCAUUGAACACGGGCAUUGGCUCAGAGGUGCAGCGUCCGCUUGCAACAGUCGUGAUUGGCGGAAUCAUCUCAUCAACACUAUUGACGCUUCUUGUAGUGCCUGCGCUGUACAGGACGAUGCUCGUCUUUCUAGCGGUGACGUUAAUCCUCGUCGGGACAAACGAUGCGAUCGCCCAUGCCGUUGCUGAAGGCGACAAGGGCUACAUUCAGGAGAUAAGUGGUGUUCACUUACUCUCCUUUGUGUACCUGGGUGCCAAGCAUAUGGUGACUGGAUACGACCAUAUCCUGUUUCUUCUGGGUGUGAUUUUCUUCCUGUACCAGAUAAAACACAUCGCUUUGUACGUCAGCUUGUUCGCCAUCGGGCACUCAAGCACGAUGUUGCUCGGUGUCUAUUUUAGUAUCGGCAUCAACAGCUACAUCAUCGACGCGAUCAUAGGGCUGUCGGUGGUUUACAAAGCCCUCGAUAACAUGGGGGCAUUCCAGCGAUGCUUCGGGUUCCAGCCCGACACCAAAGCUGCCACGCUAUUGUUCGGCUUCUGUCACGGCUUUGGCCUAUCCACCAAAAUUAUCGAGUAUGACAUUUCGCCAGAUGGCCUGAUUCCGAAUCUACUUGCCUUCAACGUCGGUGUCGAAAUCGGCCAGUUGCUCGCGCUGGGUGCCAUUUUGAUCGCAAUAAGUUACUGGCGCCGAACUCAAAGCUUUUGGCGUCAUGCUUACUCGGCAAACGAGAUAGCGCUUAUGUACAACAACACUAUUCCGUCGCAAUCCGAUCUUCCAACGGCAAAGCAACUACGGCGUUCGACAUUGAUAGCUCUGCUCACUGCCAUCGUGAUUCUCAUAACGAUUGUUCUUCCUUCCGAAUACGCCAUUGAUCCAACUGGUAUUGGCCGCGCGCUUGGCCUUACGGAAAUGGGCGAGAUCAAGGCACAGCUGGCUGAGGAGGCGGCUAUAGAAACGGUCGCGGAAACUACAGAAGUCCAAGUUGCUGCUCAGCCAACUGUGUCCGCUUCGCCAGUCACGGAAGCGAACUGGCGAGAUGAGAUGCAGGUUGUUCUGAAGCCUGCGCAAGGAGCCGAGGUGAAGCUGACUAUGAAAGAGGGAGAGAAGGCCGAAUUCAGCUGGAUGGUGCAAGGAGGUGCCGUUAACUUUGAUACGCAUGGAGAUGGCGGUGGACAAUCCACCAGUUAUGAAAAAAGACGCAAUGUAGCCAACGAUGAAGGUGUUCUCGAAGCCGCUUUCGACGGCAACCAUGGAUGGUUCUGGAGGAAUCGUGGGGAUGCUGAUGUGACGGUAGUUAUACGCGCGCGUGGUCACUACGCCGAAAUGCGAUUUAGACACCUCGGUGACAAUCGAGUCUAUUACCAAGGAGAUGCCAAGAUGAUUAUUUGCACUCUGUUGAUUGUUGUGGCGAUGUGCGCGGCUGCCGCGUCCGUUACUGUGUUUGCCCACCCCGAUGGGCAUGGCAACUUCGACGAAAAACCAAUACCGACUAACUGCAUAGAGCUGGCUAAUACAGACCGAUACACCAACGACGUUUCAUAUCCCGAAAUCAAGACGUUGAAGGCGCGUUGCGAUGCCAGGGAGAAAAAAGAGACUGAGUCGCGAAAGACACCGGUGAUCGCGCUGGCGGGUACUGGGCUGUCAACGGUUGCACUGGCACUGUUGGCAUACGAUCUAGCGGGUGGCGACGCAGGCGUUGUCCUGGGAACAGCGCUCGCGCUCAAAAUGGUCGCGUACGUUGGUAUUGCGCCGAUAGUGGGUGCAUUCGCUCAUCAACUACCACGUAAGGCUUUGUUGAUCGGACUCGACAUUGCCCGUGCCAUCACGGUGAUGUGCAUCCCUUUUGUCACGGAGAUCUGGCAGAUAUAUGUACUUAUUUUCGUGCUCAACGCUUGCUCAGCAGGCUUUACGCCGACCUUUCAAGCGACUAUUCCAGAUGUUCUACCAGACGAUGCACGUUACACGCGCGCUUUGUCAUUAUCUCGAUUAGCUUACGAUCUCGAAAACCUGUUGAGUCCUUUAUUCGCAGCCGCUGCGCUUAUUGUGCUGAGUUACGAUGCACUAUUCGCGAUAAAUGCGACUACAUUUCUGAUCUCAGCGUGUUUGGUUUUUUCGGUGCAACUACCAUCACCCCAACCGCUUGAGCGUGACCUUGGCUUAUGGAACAACUUGACGUUUGGUAUUCGAGCUUACCUUUCGACGCCGAGAUUGCGCGGGCUGCUCGCACUUUCUUUUACUGUUGCCGCCGCUGGCGCAAUGGUCAUCGUCAACACAGUAGUUUAUGUGCGGGAGCAUUUCAGCGGUUCAGAGACUGAAACUGCAUUAGCAUUUGCUGCCUUCGGUGCAGGUUCCAUGAUCGUAGCACUGGCCUUGCCCCGCUUUCUUGAUCGUUUUCCCGAUCGUCCUUUCAUGCUUAUGGGCAGCAUGGUUUUAACCAUUGGCCUCUUGCUUGGGUUAUUUGAGCCCGGAUUAUUCGCCCUGUUGAUGAUCUGGAUCGUACUGGGUGCCGGUACAUCGCUGAUUCAAACGCCCGCUGGCAGGCUUCUCAAACGAUCAGCCAGUGAAGGCAACCGACCAGCGAUCUACGCUGCGCAAUUUGCACUGUCGCAUGGCUGUUGGCUGAUUGCUUACCCACUCACUGGCUGGGUUGGCGGAACCUUUAGCCUUACAGUGGCCUUUUUGAUACUUGGAUCGGUGUCGAUAGCAUCAACUAUUGCUGCGAUGAUACUCUGGCCGACGAACGAUGAAGUUGAGUUAGACCAUAUGCACGGGCCAGCGCGUCACGACCAUCACCACUUUCACGACGAGCACCAUCAGCACACCCAUGAAGGAUGGGAAGGUCAGGAACCACAUCGGCAUUCGCAUUCGCAUACUGCGAUGAAGCAUAGACAUGCCUACGUUAUCGAUCUCCACCAUCCAGAGUGGCCUACGGCCAUUGGUGCCAAUCUGUUAGCGGCGCCGGACGGUGAAGUCGAAACCAUUGAUCAGCUAGUCGAGAAAUUGACGUUGUUUGCGCGCAGCGACGAUGUCCAGCGAACUGGUUGGAUUUUCGGAACCGGGUAUGACGAUUCCAUUCUUGCUGAAGGGCGACACCCCACACGUGACGACCUGGAUAGGGUUUCUACUGACGUACCGGUAAUUGCUACCCACAUCUCCGGGCAUUUCGCCGCAGUCAACAGUAAGGCACUCGAGGUGAUCGGCUACGAUGCGGACACAACCGAUAUUGUUGGCGGAAUUAUACGCCGUCGGCCAGGCAGUAAUGAGCCGAAUGGCGUUCUGGAGGAACUUGCGGCCAUCCCCGUGAUGAUGGCGAACCUCACACCAAAAACGGCAGAAGACCAGCUCUACUUCAUGCAGAAGGGAUUGGAGCUUGCAAUGUCUUUCGGUUAUACGACGGCACAAGAGGGAAGAGCAUUUAAGACUUCACACGACGCGCUUGCGGAUUACGCCACAAACGUUGGGUUUCCAAUUGAUGUCGUCUCUUACAUCGACUAUAGCGAUGUCUCUCCGCUUGAGAGUGAUUGGCACACAAGGAAGUAUCGUGGCGGCUACCGGGUAGGUGGUUUGAAGAUCACAUUGGACGGUUCGCCGCAAGGUCGAACCGCUUGGCGCACCGAACCCUACUUGAUAUCGCCAGAUGGGCAGGAUGCUGACUAUGCUGGUUACCCAGCAAUUCCGGACGAUACGAUUGUCGAGGAGUUGGUAGACAAGGCUUACGCGAACGAUUGGCAAGUGAUCAUGCAUGCGAAUGCGGACGCAGCCAUCGAUCAGAUGUUGCGGGCUGUCGGCGCUGCUCAGGAGAAGCACGGGGCGGGUGACCGGCGCAGCACGCUUAUUCAUGGCCAGUAUGUUCGAGAUGAUCAGCUUGAACGCAUGGUUGAACUUGAAAUGUCAGUUUCGCUUUUCCCUUUGCAUACAUUCUACUGGGGUGAUUGGCACGGGCAGAUUAUCGGCGAAGAGCUCGCCCAAGGUAUCUCACCGACUCGUACAGCCCUAGACUUGGGACUUCCUUUGACUAGUCAUACCGACGCACCAGUUGCACUACCCAACUUGAUGCAAGUGGUAUGGGCGACUGUUAAUCGAACCUCAAGAACUGACAAAGUGAUUGGGCCUGAUGAACGCCUGACACCACUUGAAGCAAUGCAAGCUGUGACGCUUUGGGGCGCGCAACAGCACUUCGAAGAGGAUCAAAAAGGCUCAAUUGAGGUUGGCAAACUUGCAGACUUGGUCAUAUUGUCGGAAAACCCGCUGGCCAUUGAAGCGGCUCGUCUAAAUCAAGUGGUGGUUCUCGAAACCAUCAAGAACGGCGAAACGGUCGAUAGCGACUUUGUCCGGUUCGCAGCCAUUAACGGUUUCAUACAAAGCUCGCCUCCUUCGGCAACACCUCUAGGCCCGCCUCCUUCGGCAACAACUCAAAGCUUGCGAACUUUGCUGCUGGACGAUCAAAGUUUCAGCGAAGAGGAGUUCGGCAAGUUUGCUUCUUGGCGCUGCUAUGACUAUUCGCGUGAAGGCCCGAUUUUAGUAGAGGUUGGGGUGUUCAGCAGCGGUGUACUGGAUGGAUUUGGUUUCGUUCUUUAUGACGGUACUGAUAGUGGCGAGACCACGGACUACGAAAGGCGGGGAGUCAACAGGCGGUGGGAUUGGGGUCCGAAUGGCGUCAACUUCGCGUUUGUCUUGAAGCCCGAUGGUACUGGCCUAUUUUACGAUUUUACCGGUUCAAAUGGCGAAAAAAUAAAGGCCAACGAGAUUUAUAAGUGUCGAGCGACUUAA